CGCAACCGUGGUGGCGCAUGUGAACUCAUGCCGCCCUGCUAAAGAUGUGAAAAUGGCGGAGCUGCAAAUGCUUUUGGAAGAGGAGAUUCCAGCAGGUCGCAGCGCUCUGUUGGAUAGUUUCACUAAUUUGGAAAGAGUCGCCGAAUAUUGUGAGAGCAACUAUGUCCAGUCUCCAGAUAAGCAGCGAGCGCUGGAGGAGACCAAGAACUACACUACUCAGUCGCUGGCUAGCGUGGCUUACCUAAUCAACACAUUGGCCAACAAUGUCCUGCAGAUGCUGGACAUCCAGGCCUCACAGCUACGCCGCAUGGAGUCUUCCAUCAACCACAUCUCGCAGACGGUGGACAUUCACAAAGAAAAAGUGGCCAGGCGGGAGAUUGGCAUCCUCACCACCAACAAGAACACAUCCCGCACACACAAGAUCAUCGCCCCGGCCAAUCAAGAGAGGCCCGUGCGCUACAUCCGCAAGCCAAUUGACUACAGCCUGUUGGAUGACAUGGGCCAUGGAGUCAAGUGGUUGCAAAGGUUUAAGGCCAGUGCUCAGAGCAUGAAAGCCGGAGGUGGACUCCCUCGCACGAACCCACCGACACAGAAGCCACCCAGCCCACCGAUGAGUGGGAAAGGGACCCUUGGGAGACACUCCCCAUAUAGGACGCUCGAGCCGGUGCGUCCUCCCGUUGUCCCUAACGACUACGUCUCGAGCCCGACGCGCAACUUGGCGCACCCCCUGCCGAGCCCAGCACGCAGUACAUCUGUUAAUCAGAGGAACCGCACGUACAGCAGCGGGAGCAGCGGAGGCAGCCACCCCAGCAGCAGUCGUAGCAGUAGCCGGGAGAACAGCGGCAGCGGCAGUGUCGGGGUGCCCAUCGCCGUACCCACCCCGGCCCCGCCCACUGCCUUCCCAGCCCCUGCUCCAUCCAACACAACUAAACCUACACCCAACACUGCCACCACCCCUGGUCCCAUAGCCCCUACCAUUGAAAGCCCCCCCCAGGCAUCUAACCCACCUGCCGAGAUCCCGCAUGUACCCCCGCCCCCUCCCCAGCUCCCCAUCUCCACAGCCCCCACUGGCACAGGACCCGCUCCUUAUGGAAACUCUGCACAAGGUGCUCCUCACUUCUACAGCAUGAACCGCCCGGGGCAGCCACCCCAGAAUGCCCAUGUCGGAGGAUCUCUGCCGUACCGCCGCCCCUCAUCGGUGACCGGCCAGCCUAAUACCGCACCAAAUCAGAACCAGCUCAAUGGUGGACCACACUUUGCCCAGAAUCAAAGCCCCCUUGCGCCCCCUCCCCCCUCCAUGCAGAUCACCCCUCAGCUGCCCCUGAUGGGCUUUGUGGCCCGAGUUCAGGAGACCAUCUCCGAUGUGCCACCUCCACCGCCCCUUGCAGACGAGCCAGUCUUUGAGGACGCUACACCUCCUCCUCCCCCACCGGAGGAGUAUGAAGAUGAUGAGGAAGAAGAGGAGUCGGCAGUGGUGGAGUAUAGCGAUCCGUAUGCAGAGGAGGACCCACCCUGGGCGCCACGCAGCUACCUGGAGAAAGUGGUGGCCAUCUACGACUACAGUCGCGACAAAGAAGAUGAACUGUCCUUCCAGGAGGGCGCCAUCAUCUACGUGAUAAAGAAGAACGAUGACGGCUGGUACGAGGGUGUGAUGAACGGAACCACGGGCCUUUUCCCAGGCAACUACGUCGAAUCCAUCAUGCACUACGCUGAUUGAGAAACACCCCUUUCCCCUCCUCUCUGAGAAAGACAGAGAAGCUGUCACUAGGGAAGAGGAGGGAAUCAGGGGAGUCAAGGGUUAAAGGUCAAAGACUUUGAACAGACAAGAGCAUGAUCACCUCCGGGAUGGGAUGCUGAGGAGAGCCGACACCCAGUCAUUUUCUACACCUAAGCAACCACUACUUUUUCCUUCCAUGUUUCUUUUUGACUGCUGGUUGAUAUGGAGAGUUUGUGUUUCACAACGAGGCAUUUUCUUUGAAUUUCGUCGGUCAAAAUGCCUUAUUUUAGAGUAAAAUAUUUAUUUGGAAUCUGGUGUGUGGGCAAAAGUAAGUGCGGGAAGGCAAUGUCUUCACAGUCCAGAAGCAUUGGUUAAAAAAUUUCUCCUUGGACAAACAUGGAAACAUGCAACAUUUUUUUUUUUUUUUGUGGUUAGGGCUCAUGGUGGAGUGCUGCACCAACAGUCAUGAUAAGCACAUCCGGUGUCUUGAUGUGACACACGGCUACACUUAGGCGGGGUCACUCAACAAAGGCAGAAAAUGUGUAUAAUCCUUUUACGUUUACACUAAUGGACAGUCACGUGACCUUCCAAAGAAGUGAGGAGUAAAAUCCUCUCUUGCACAAUGUGCAGCCUCUCUGGUGAAUGACAAGUUGAUCUCAAGGUCAGCCUACAGCUCGGAGCUGCUCACUUGCAGUGUUGUUAAGCGGUUCGGAUGAUGUAUUUUUAUUUUGUUUUACUUCUUGAAAAGGAUUUGCAGAGUGGCAUGUUUCUUCUUGAAGGAAAAACAUUGGCUCUGUCGUGAAGAUUUAUGUCUUAACAUUUUUAGAUAUGGUGUGACCCCCGCCCCCCCCCCCCCCCCCACCAGUGAUGAUGCAUUUAGGUCAUUUUGAAGACACUUGUGCCAUAUUGAGAUGUGUGUUGCAGUUGGAUAGAAUGGGAUGGCUUUCUCCCCUCCACUUUUUUUCAAGUUGUUUUAAUAAAAAGGACAUGCAUUUGUAGUGAAGCGAUGUAGAUGAAGAACUAAUAUCCAAGUGACAUAUGUCCUUCGAACCAGAUGUAUUGAGUAUGAAAAGACAGCUGUUGUGUUAAAAUGGAUUUGACCGUUAGAACUGAUACCUCUGUUGUCAGCAGUUUGAGGGUGUAUCAUAAAUGCGCUUGGCAGUGUCCAAUUUAAGCGUGGCCUCAGUACUUAAGCCAGAGACUUUAUUUUCUAUAUUAAAAAAAAGAUAUAUGCCAGUGGGUCUGUAUGUGAGUCUUGCAUGCCAUAAUUAUCUGUGCUUUCCCCAAACCCCACAUGGCAAGAUGAGGCAUUCUAAAAAGAAGCAGUUGUGGCCCACCUCAUCCAAAGAUACGGUUCUACUUUCCUUGGAGCUCACGUCCAAGGUCUUGCUUUCUGACCUGCAGGGAAGCAGGGAGGAGUCAGGCUUGGGAUACGGGAGACAGAGCAAGGGAAGAAGGACCUGACGGACGAUCCAGUCCACAGUCCAUGAUGCCAUUGUGUUGCACAUUUGAAGUUGAUUUGCAAGAGUCUCAUAUUUGUAAAAUCCAGAGAACAAAGACAAUAAAAUGUAAGGAUUGAAAUGCA